GCCGCCGCCGGGACACGGAGCGGCACCUACCCGGCCUCGGCCAGUCCCGCACCGGCCACCGUGGAGGUGGUGGCGGCGGCGGAGGACGGAGCCGGGCCGGACCGGACCAGGAGAGAUCCCAGCGCCGGGACAACCUCUGCCCCAGAGAGCCAGGAGAGAGAACAGUCCCCGGCGGCCGGGCCCCUCUGCAACUCCGGCUCCCACCUCCGGGACCCGGGAAGCCCCAGCCCGACUCCUCGCUAAGGCUCCUGGGAGUCGAGACUACUCCAGCCGCUCAGGGGAGCGAGGCCUCCGGGAAAGGGGCCUUUCCCUAGGCCGGCGCUCCCCUGGGGCCUCCGGCAGGGGAAAAGCCGCCUUUCCGCUCCCUAAUCCACCCUCGCAACUCCUGAGGGGUUGGAGCCUCUGGGGAGAGGAGAACAACCCCAACACCGCAGGGACCUCGGCUCCAAACCAUCGAUCUCUUCCCCCGGUUAGUCUCUGGGUCCUGGGACCCGCCUUCCCCACCUGUGACCCCCGCCUCUGGGAUACCCUUUUGUUUAGUUUUAGAGAGGACUUUUUACUGGGCCGGAUCAGGACAUCUCGGCGCCGGAGCCUCUUCUGAAGAGUCAUUGGUGUGAGGGUAAGUGGAGGGAACAAUAACCCAAGUACAAAUACCCCAACAGCCCCGCCCGAUUUUCAAAACAGCAUCCAGCAGCACCCACCCCUGGGAUUAUAAAUGUGUGAGAGAAGACCCAGGAACCUGAGGGAAAGAAAGGAUCCUACCGUUACUAAGAGAGGGGAAAAAAGAGAGAGCUUUUCCAAAUUCCCCACGAGAAAAGCCACCCCCUCUUUUCUUUCUAUUUUUACUCUUUUGAAUAUUGCCAUUGUGACCUUAGAGGGAUUUCUGAACCAUGCACUGUUGAAGCUUGUUGCACCAGCAGGAUAGAAGUGGCUUUGCCUUUGCACAUGCUUCCCCCACCCGGGCUGUUGCAGGAACUGUGGGCCAUCAGUAGACAGAAGGGAAGCUGAGACUGGUUUCUUUGCACCCAUUCUUUUUUGCCUUGGGGACUUCACUGGCCGGUUGAAACCAUUGCUGCUCCUACUGGACCUAUACUUUGAUCAGCAAGUAUAUUUAUCCUUUUGUGUGGGGGGUUGUUCAGUAAAUGGACAUUGUACCCAAGGUGGAUGGCUGCUCUACAGUCUGAAAGGUGUCUUGGGAUCACACAAAGCUGCUAAAAGAACAGGAAAGAUCUGGUGUUGCUGGAAUUUUGGGGGCUGUUUUCAAGCCAUUUUGUUUCUUCGAACAAGAUGAUGUGUGAGGUGAUGCCAACCAUCAGCGAGGCAGAGAUUCCCUCAGGGGGAAAUGGAGGCCAUAGUUCAGGCUCUCCUUUACAGCCGGAUGCUGAUUCCCAUUUUGAGCAGUUAAUGGUAUCCAUGUUGGAGGAAAGGGAUCGACUUCUGGACACACUACGAGAGACUCAAGAAACACUAGUAUUGACCCAGGGCAAGCUACAUGAAGUCAGUCAUGAAAGAGAUUCCUUGCAGAGACAGCUCAAUACUGCACUUCCACAGGAGUUUGCAGCACUUACUAAAGAGCUUAAUGUAUGCAGGGAACAGCUCCUUGAAAGGGAAGAAGAAAUUGCUGAACUGAAAGCAGAAAGAAAUAAUACAAGGCUGCUUUUAGAACAUUUGGAAUGUCUAGUCUCCAGACAUGAGCGGUCCCUUAGAAUGACUGUUGUAAAGCGACAGGCUCAGUCUCCAGCAGGAGUUUCUAGUGAAGUUGAAGUUCUCAAAGCACUAAAAUCACUAUUUGAGCAUCACAAAGCCCUUGAUGAAAAGGUAAGGGAAAGAUUACGAGUAGCACUUGAAAGAUGUAGUUUAUUGGAAGAAGAACUAGGUACUACGCAUAAAGAGUUAAUGAUUCUGAAAGAGCAAAACAAUCAGAAAAGAACACUAACUGAUGGGGUGCUGGAUAUUAAUCAUGAUCAGGAAAAUACUCCAAGCACAAAUGGGAAGAGAUCUUCUGAUGGUUCUUCAAGCCACGAUGAAGACCUUGCUAAAGUUAUGGAACUCCAAGAAAUUAUAGACAAGCAGACCAAUGAGCAAGGCCAAAUGAAGGAACGUCUCACUGCUCUUUCUAGCAGAGUGACUGAGCUGGAAGAAGAUCUUGACACAGCUAGAAAAGAUUUAAUAAAAUCAGAAGAAAUGAAUACAAAGUUGCAAAGAGAUGUACGAGAGGCCAUGGCCCAAAAGGAAGACAUGGAAGAGAGAAUUACAACUCUUGAAAAACGCUACCUCGCUGCACAGCGUGAAGCUACAUCUGUGCAUGACCUCAAUGAUAAACUUGAAAAUGAAAUUGCUAAUAAAGACUCGAUGCACCGACAGAGUGAAGAUAAGAACAGACAGUUGCAAGAACGACUGGAACUGGCUGAGCAAAAGUUGCAGCAGACUUUGAGAAAAGCUGAGACUUUGCCUGAGGUGGAGGCUGAACUGGCACAGAGAGUUGCAGCACUUUCAAAGUCUGACCCUUUGUCUUCUGGGAACUCUGCUGCUAAAGAGGCUAAACUGUUGGAACUUGCCUCCAAGUUUAGGAAGGCUGAGGAGAGACAUGGCAACAUUGAAGAACGGUUACGACAGAUGGAAGCACAAUUGGAGGAAAAGAAUCAGGAAUUGCAAAGGGCUAGACACAGAGAGAAGAUGAAUGAAGAACAUAAUAAACGUUUAUCAGAUACUGUUGAUAAACUUCUGUCUGAAUCCAAUGAAAGACUUCAGCUUCAUCUCAAGGAAAGGAUGGCUGCUCUGGAAGAUAAGAACUCUCUUCUUCGAGAAGUUGAAAAUGCAAAGAAGCAAAUAGAGGAUCUUCAACAUGAAAAGGAUCAACUGGUACUAAAUAUAGAAGCAGUGAGGGCUGAAAAUGACCAAAUGAGGAUCAGAGCCACUUCUCUUCAUCAUAACCGACCACAUUUGGGUAGUGUACCAGAUUUCAGAUAUCCGAUGACACCAUUAUCUGUGGCUGACAGUCAUACAGAUCCCUAUAGCACCUCAUCGGUGUUAAGACGGCCCCAGAAAGGGCGUUUGGCAGCUCUACGUGAUGAACCUUCAAAGGUUCAAACCCUUAAUGAACAGGAUUGGGAACGUGCACAACAAGCAAGUGUGUUGGCAAAUGUAGCACAAGCAUUCGAGAGUGAUGUUGAUGUCUCGGAUGGUGAAGACGACAGAGAGACUAUUUUCAGUUCAGUUGAUCUUUUGUCACCUAGUGGUCAGGCUGAUGCUCAGACUUUAGCCAUGAUGCUUCAAGAGCAAUUGGAUGCAAUUAACAAAGAGAUUAGAUUGAUACAAGAAGAAAAGGAAAAUACGGAGCAGCGAGCAGAGGAAAUUGAAAGUCGAGUUGGUAGCGGGAGUCUAGAUAACAAUGGACGAUUUCGGUCAAUGAACUCCAUUCCCCUUCCUUUUAUUGGUGGGUCCCUCGCUGGUUCCUCUCCUCCUGGCAGUGGCCGUUCCACACCAAGGCGGAUUCCACAUAGUCCAGCUCGGGAAGUGGACAGACUAGGUAUUAUGACACUACCUAGUGAUUUAAGGAAACACCGUAGAAAGUCUCCAGUUUCUGGAGAAGAAGUACGAGAUGACAAGACCACAAUAAAAUGUGAAACAUCACCACCAUCUUCGCCUCGAUCUCUGCAUUUGGAUAGAGUCCAUAAAGGAGCCUUGCAUACAUUGAGCCACGAAGACAUCAGGGACAUAAGAAAUUCUACAGGUUCUCAAGAUGGGCAAGUAAGCAACCCCAGUAGCAGUAAUAGUAGCCAGGAUUCCCUUCACAAAGCCCCUAAAAAGAAGGGGAUCAAAUCUUCCAUAGGUCGUUUGUUUGGUAAGAAAGAAAAGGGUCGACCUGGACAAACCAGCAAAGAAUCAUUGGGACAAGUUGGCUUGGCAGAAACGGACAAUUCUUCUCAAGAUGCCUUAGGACUCAGCAAACUUGGGGGACAGGCAGAAAAAAAUAGAAAACUACAGAAAAAACAUGAAUUGCUUGAGGAAGCUAGAAGGCAAGGUCUGCCUUUUGCACAAUGGGAUGGCCCUACAGUGGUGGUGUGGCUAGAAUUAUGGGUAGGGAUGCCGGCGUGGUAUGUGGCUGCUUGCCGAGCAAAUGUGAAAAGUGGGGCCAUCAUGUCUGCCUUGUCUGAUACGGAAAUACAGCGUGAAAUUGGAAUCAGUAAUCCUCUGCACAGGUUGAAAUUGAGGCUUGCCAUUCAAGAGAUCAUGUCACUGACAAGUCCAUCUGCCCCUCCUACAUCAAGAACGACCACGGGAAAUGUCUGGGUAACACAUGAAGAAAUGGAAAAUCUUACAGCCACGCCACAAACGGAAGAUGAGGAGGGAAGCUGGGCUCAGACUCUAGCAUAUGGUGAUAUGAACCACGAGUGGAUUGGCAAUGAGUGGCUCCCCAGUUUGGGGCUCCCUCAAUACCGCAGCUACUUCAUGGAAUGUCUUGUUGAUGCUAGAAUGCUAGAUCACUUGACUAAGAAAGAUCUCCGUGGACAACUUAAAAUGGUUGACAGUUUUCACAGAAACAGCUUUCAGUGUGGUAUUAUGUGUUUGCGAAAAUUAAAUUAUGACCGAAAAGAACUGGAAAGAAGAAGAGAAGAAAGCCAGAAUGAAAUAAAAGAUGUUCUUGUAUGGAGCAAUGACAGAAUGAUCCACUGGGUACUGUCAAUCGGUCUUAAAGAAUAUGCAAAUAACCUUAUAGAAAGUGGAGUUCAUGGUGCACUUGUGGCCUUAGAGGAAACUUUUGAUUUCAAUGCAUUCGCUCUAUUAUUACAAAUACCUACUCAGAACACACAGGGUCGUGCUGUUUUGGAGAGGGAAUUUAAUAACCUUCUUGUUAUGGGCACUGACAGGAGAUUUGAUGAAGAUGAUGAUAAAAGCUUUAGACGAGCACCUUCAUGGAGAAAGAAGUUUAGACCAAAGGACAUAAGAGGCUUAGCUGCUGGAUCUGCAGAGACUCUUCCUGCAAACUUCAGAGUUACCGCCUCAAUGUCUUCACCUUCUAUGCAGCCAAAGAAGAUGCAAAUUGAUGGCAAUGUAUCAGGAACACAAAGGCUGGAUUCCACUACAGUAAGGACUUACUCCUGUUAAAGGCAUCUGUUGUUUACCCACACUAUUUCUACCGGUGAUAUGCAGCAUUUUGAACUCAAAGACCAUAUUUUAGAAAUCAGUGGAAUCUUUAAUUUGUUAAUACUUGUUAAAUGGACACUUUGAGAUAUUUUAUUACAGAGUUUUUAAUUAGCAAACAAAUUCAUGAGUACCAUAGAGAAAAUAUUUUAGAAUUAAAUGUUUCUUAUAUUUAAGUAAAGCUAUGUGACUUCAUUUAUAUAGUUACUUACCAUUUCCAUCUGUAUUCAGUCUAUAAAUCAAAUCCUUGCUGAUUUUAUCCUUAAUUUUAGUUUUUCCAACUGAAUGUACUGUAAUGCUUGUAAGUAUAUGUCCCUAUAAGCAAUAUAGGGCUUUUGUAAAUUAUGCAGUUAUUGUAAUUGUCAUUGGGUUUUUAAUAAUGAAAUUGAAGGUGAAAAGGAUUUUCCUGUCUUUGUAAAAGUAUCAUGACACCAAGCAGUAUAUAUUUUGUCUUUUGGAAAUAUUAGCUAGUUCUAAAAAUGAAAUAAACCAGCCUUUUUCAGAUAAGCAUUCAGAUAAACGUUUUAGUAAGCAGGUCUAAUAGAUUAUUUUUAUUUCUGUUGAUAGUUGUACCUUUUUUACAAAGAAAAUUUUGUCAGAUAGGGUGAAUUUGUCUUCAUUUAAUGCUUUAGUACAUUUUUAAAACGGGGGAACAUUAUAACACUAUGGAACAUGUUUUAGAAUUGGUUAACUCCUUCAUAACUUCCAGUCUGCUGUAUUUGUAUAGCAUGUCUUUACAAUGACUGAACAUAAGCCAUAAACUGAGAAAUGUUUUCUCUCAGCCAAGGAAGAAAGACUUCAUAAUAGCUCCUGGUAGUAAUCCACAGGCCACAAAAAGUGCUUUCCUCCCAUAUCCUUUUGAUUAAAAACAUUUGUGGAAAGGCACUGAUGCAACUAUUCUUAAUGGACCAAUCAUGAAGCACUGCAGUCUAAUGUAAAAAAAGAAUAGUAAAAGAUGAAGGCACAGUAUGCUGAAGAAUAAAGUAGUGCAACUUCUAAUAAAAGCCUUAUUUUUCUUAAGUCAUCUUUUUGCAUUCGUUUGUAAACUUGUUCUAAAAAUUGUCCAGAUUUUUUAAAAUUUUUGAUGGUUGUAGCCAUUUCAGGCUUUGCGUAGAAAAUGUAUCAUUGAAUGGCACACUAAAAAGCCAGUAAGAAAUCUGUUCAGAUCAUGGUGCAUUAUUUAUUAUGCAACAAUAUAUAUAGCAUGUCUUUUUUUUUUUUCUUGUUUGGUUUCUUCUCUUUAGUUUACUUGUACAACUGAAAUUCAUUGUUACUGUUUUGUGUUUUUUUUCUAAUAAUCUUUUUUGUGUACUUCUGAUUAUGGAACGAAGUAUGUACAGCCUAAGUACUCUGAACUAUUUUUACCACAGUAUUAUUUAUUGCUUUCUUUCAGUAAAGUUCUGAAGCAUUUUUCCACUGCCAAUAAAAUGCUAUUGAAAAAACUAA